GACGCGGGUCUGCCCGAGGCGGCCUGGAACAGCGAGGUGCACUCGCGCGUGCUACGCUUUGCAUUGGAUCCAUAUCGCCGUACGACCGGCGUCUGGUAUCGCGACAUCACGACGGCACGGAUCCGCGACCCGGAGCUGCUGCCGCGUUUCGAGGGCGGCGGCAUCGGGCAGAGCAAGAUGGUCGACUACGCCCUGAUUCUCGAAGAUUGUAACGAUGAAGACUACGCACUCUAUGAGGGCUCCUGCAGCGACGGUACUCCUGGUAAGAGGCGGCGGUUCGGGGACCGUGUCGCGGAAACACUGCGCCGCAAGGGCGGCGCCAGCAUCAACCAAACGCGUAUGGAUCACGUACGCUAUACACCUUUUGCCGUCAGCAUCGAGACGAAGCGCGCCGCCGGGGAGGACGAGGCUCACGUACAGCUGGCGGUGUGGGUGUGGGCACAGUUUGCUCGGCUACGGCAGCUCGCGCCGGCGGCAAAGUCAUGGCCCGUCCUGCCACUUGUGGUUGUGCAAGGGCACGAAUAG